AAAUGUGUAUCAUAAUUUCAUAAAGUUUAAUGUCAAUACUCAUCCGAAGUUUGGCAAAAUUUUCUAAAAAUAAAAUUUUAUUUAAAUUUGGGCCAGGUAUUUAAUACGCUGAUUCUCAUUAUGAUGGCACGUGAGCAAGGAAAAAAAGUAAUAGUUAUAGAGUCGAAAGAAACUUUCGAUAAAAUUAUCGACGAAGCGGGUAACAGGCAUGUCCUGGUCGAAUUCUAUGCCACGUGGUGUGGCCCAUGCGCGAUAAUUGGGCCGCGAUUAGAGCAACUGGCGGAGGAGUAUGCCGACCGCUUGCUCAUACUUAAAAUCGAUGUCGACGAUCAUGAGGAUAUAGCUAUAGAAUACGAAGUCACCAGCAUGCCCACAUUCCUGAUUAUCAAGAACAAAGUAAAGCUAGCACAAUUUGUUGGUAGCAAUAGUGAGAAGGUAGAAAGCACUGUGGAGAAGUACUGCGGCAAACCGGAUAAUACCAAUAUAAACACCAACACCACCACCGCCACCGCCAAGCCUACACCAGUAGCCACACCUAAGGCUAACCCUACUCGGGAGCUUAAAGAAAAUGGAAAAUCAGUUGGACCCAGCAAAAGUGUUUCCCCCGAAUCCUCACCAACAGCAACUAUUGAGAAAAAAUUGCCGAGACCAUAAAUUCCUCCAUUGUAUAGGUAAAGGCCCAGUUUAAAUUUGCACGCUAAAUUAAAAUGAGUUAUAUGUUUCAAAGGAUAAUGUACAUAUUUUUCAUACUUAUUUCAUUAAACUACAUAUGUGCAAUAUUUCCCAUUAAA